AUCCGAACGCGAGCAAGCGGACCAAAUCGUCCUCUGUAUUCUAUCGCCCGCACCGCAUCUGGCCGCCUCGACGCUCGGCGGCGGCGGCGGCGGCGGCGGCGACGAUGGGGCUGGAGAUGGAGGCGAUGGCGGCGUCGAUUGGCGUGUCGGUGCCCGUGCUCCGCUUCCUACUCUGCUUCGCGGCCACCAUCCCGACUGGCCUCCUGUGGCGCGCGGUGCCCGGCGCCACGGGGCGGCACCUCUACGCGGGGCUCACCGGCGCCGCGCUCUCCUACCUCUCCUUCGGGGUCACGUCCAACCUCCUCUUCGUCGCGCCCAUGGCGCUCGGCUACCUCGCCAUGCUCCUUUUCCGCCGCCACGCCGGGCUCAUCACCUUCCUCGGCGCCUUCGGCUUCCUCAUCGCAUGUCAUGUGUACUACAUGAGCGGAGAUGCAUGGAAGGAAGGAGGCAUUGAUGCAACUGGUGCUUUAAUGGUUUUGACGCUGAAAGUCAUUUCGUGUGCAAUAAACUACAGUGAUGGCAUCUUGAAGGAAGAGGGUUUACGCGAGGCUCAGAAAAAGUACCGAUUGACUAAGCUUCCUUCUCUAAUUGAAUAUUUUGGUUACUGCCUCUGUUGUGGGAGUCACUUUGCUGGACCGGUGUAUGAGAUGAAAGAUUAUCUUGAUUGGACUGAAAGGAAAGGAAUAUGGGCUAGCUCAACUCCUUCACCAUUGUUACCUACUUUGCGUGCUAUAGUUCAGGCUGGUAUAUGCAUGGGGUUAUAUUUAUACCUGUCUCCUAAAUUCCCACUCGCCCGGUUUAGUGAGCCCCUUUAUUAUGAAUGGGGUUUCUGGCACCGGCUCUUCUAUCAGUACAUGUCAGGCUUUACAGCUCGUUGGAAAUAUUACUUUAUAUGGUCAAUUUCAGAAGCCGCAAUUAUUAUAUCUGGUCUGGGCUUUACUGGUUGGUCAGAGUCUUCUCCCCCAAAAGCCAAGUGGGAUCGUGCAAAAAAUGUUGAUGUAUUAGGUGUUGAAUUAGCUGGAAGUGCAGUUCAAUUGCCCCUUGUGUGGAAUAUUCAAGUGAGCACAUGGCUACGAUACUACGUCUAUGAAAGGCUAAUUCAGAAAGGAAAGAAACCUGGUUUCCUUCAGUUGUUGGGUACACAGACAGUCAGUGCCAUCUGGCAUGGACUGUAUCCUGGGUACAUCAUAUUCUUUGUCCAAUCGGCAUUGAUGAUAAAUGGUUCACGAGUUAUAUAUAGAUGGCAGCAAGCAGUGAGCAAUUCAGUCCUCUGCAGUAUCCUGGCUUUCCUAAAUUUUGCAUAUACAUUGUUAGUGCUUAACUACUCGUGCAUUGGGUUCCAGGUACUGAGCUUCAAGGAAACCUUGGCAUCCUACCAGAGUGUAUAUUAUGUUGGCACGAUUGUUCCCAUUGUAUGCCUCUUGCUGGGCAAUGUUAUCAAGCCAGCAAGGAAGCCGAAGGCUCAGAAGGCCGAGUGAGGAGCAUAUACUCGAGUGAUCGUUACACAGAAAGAUGGAGAAGCUUCAACGACGAUAACGACAGCCUAGUUUUCAGUUUAUUUAUUCUCUCUUUUUUGAACCGGUACCAAAUUUAGCACAAGGAUAGUGUGGUGACCGCAGCUCGCAUAUAUUUCGGAACUCCAUCGCAGUUGACCAAUCAUUAAAACGUGGCACCCCCGUUUCGUUUUUCUUCAACUUAAUGACUACAUGUUGUAAAGGAUUUUGGCUCGACGAGCCCUCUACUCUUUUGUUCCCAUC